UGAGAGUACGAUAUAAGGCACUUGUCUACACUCUUGUUGACAGACUGCAGGGGAGUGUGAAACAGUAGCUUUUACGCAUUUUGCCUACUUCUACUUUUUCAUCUUUCAGGUACGCUCAAUCAGAAUAUUCCAAGAAGUAUACGAUGCAAGUACUACUACUUGGCUGCUUCCUCCUUCACGUUGUGACAGAGACCCUUGGUGCGGGUCUGUUAGUUUAUGUUCCUUGCUACGACUGGACUAAGAUCGACAAAAACGACAACACAUACAAGAGAGAAACGUGGGCGUCUGGCUAUAGGAAUCUACACCAGAGAGGAAGAAAUGACGUGAAAAUAAUCGACCAGUUUGUGAAGGCUAAAGGGAUACAGUACCAGCACGUAGGAGUGGUCUGCGAGUUGACUGUGGUCCACAUCCACAUCGGUCUCUACUGGAUAAAUGACGCAGGGUCCCCUGAAUACCCUGGGGAGGUAGGCAUCCUCAAACAAACGCCCAGACACUUCCAGUUCUACAUGCGCACCACGCGGCGCGGUCACAGUGUGGAGUACAGGAUACAGUUCUAUGGCCAGUACUUCAUCCGAGACCACAGCAAGGCGCAGGCCACCUUCACUUGCAUCGUCGUCAACAAGCUGUUCACUCAGGAUCUGCAAGACAGGCCGGAAACCGGGUGCAACUAUAUAAGUUGGCCCUCGGCAUAAAACGUGUGGUUUAGCAAAUUGUAAAUAUACUUCAGUUUUUAUUUUUAUUACAGUAUAAAACGUCAUAUGAGUAUUAUGUUUGUAAUUUCCAAAUAGAUUAAUCUUAAGAUAAUAGUU